UUCGUGCUGCAGCUGUAGCUGAUGUUAAAUUACAAUCAUGAUAAAUAUUUAAAGUUAGUAUAUAAAACAUACAUAGAUCAUUUACGACUUCAUAUUAAUCUUUUGGAAUAAAAAUAUACAAGAAAUAAUUUCCAACGGUUUCUUAUCGUGAAUCACAGCUAACUUCGCACUGUAGCGUUCGCGGUUAACUUAACAUCAGUGGCCUUCACCGUCCGUUCAAGUUUGCUUUGUUGUUUUAGUUGCUGUCGAACACAUUUUCUAACACCUCGCGACCGCGUAAUGUGAUUUUUAUACAAACCGUGCUUUUGUGCUUAUCUGUGAUAAAAGAAAUGACACGAUGUUUCCGGGAGAUGUGAUGUGUUUUGUAUGAGUGUUUUGUGUACAAUGGGUUUGAUAACUUCGAGGCAGCAGACCAUGUUGGACGGUACGGGUGUGUCAGGGAAGAGCCAUCAUGUUCGGCAGCCGUCCACUAGGAACCGAACGAAGCCGCCGAUGCCGGACAGGGACGAGCUGGAAAACCGCUUCGUCAAAGUUCUGGCGUCUAUGGACUUGCCGCCAGAUAAAGCGAAACUGCUGCGAAACUACGACCUCGAGAAGAAAUGGGAGAUCAUCUGCGACCAGGACAUGGUGCAGGCGAAGGACUCGCCGGCGCACUACCUCAACAAGCUGAGGACUUAUCUGGACCCGAAGGCGUCCAGAAGUCAUCGGAAAAGGAAAAUGGUGGGCGACUCCACAUCGACGCAAGUUCUUCGGGAUUUGGAAAUAUCGCUCCGGACAAAUCACAUAGAAUGGGUACGCGAGUUUCUGAACGACCAGAACCAGGGUCUGGAUGUGCUGAUCGACUACCUGAGCUUCAGGCUGAGCAUGAUGCGGCACGAGCAGAGGAUCGCGCUCGCCAGGAGCCACUCCACCGACGGCAUCAACCAAGUGAACACAACGACAUCAGAGUGCAGCGGUCCGACAGAGGGCGGGUCGACGCUGAACGCGUCGUGGCGGCGGCGCGCGCGCAGCGCGGACUCGGAGUGCUCCGGCCCCGCCAGCCCCGCCGCCGCGCGCCGCCGCACGCGCCACGCCGCGCGCCUCAACAUGGGCGCCUCCACCGACGACAUACACGUCUGCAUCAUGUGCAUGCGCGCCAUCAUGAACAAUAAGUACGGAUUCAACAUGGUGAUCCAACACCGGGAAGCCAUCAACAGCAUCGCUCUCUCCCUCGUUCACCACUCGCUACGCACCAAAGCGCUGGUGCUGGAACUCCUGGCGGCCAUCUGUCUGGUCAAGGGCGGGCAUCAGAUCAUACUCUCUGCAUUCGACAACUUCAAGGAGGUGGUGGGGGAGCCGAGGAGGUUCCACACGCUGAUGGAGUACUUCAUGAACUACGACACGUUUCAUAUUGAGUUUAUGGUGGCGUGCAUGCAGUUCGUGAAUAUAAUAGUGCACUCCGUGGAGGACAUGAACUUCCGAGUGCAUCUGCAGUACGAGUUCACAGCGCUCAAACUCGACGACUACCUCGAGAGGCUGCGGCUGUGUGAGAGUGACGACUUGCAGGUUCAAAUCUCUGCGUACUUGGACAACGUGUUCGACGUGGCGGCGCUCAUGGAGGACAGCGAAACCAAAACAGCGGCGUUGGAGAAGGUCAAUGAACUCGAGGACGAAUUGGGACAUGCUCACGAGAGAUUGGCCACGCUGGAGAGGGAGGCGAUAGCGAAGCUGGCGACCCUGGAGUCGGAACUGGCGCAGGUGCGGCAGGAGAGGGACCAGCUCGCGGAGGCCAGGAGGCAAGUUGUUGAGGAGGUGUCGACGUUGAGGCGAGCGCAGCAGGACUCGCGGAACAGACAGUCGAUGCUGGAAUCGAAGGUGCAGGAACUAGAGUCGCUCACCAAGUCACUGCCCAGGGGGGCGUCCAUGGGCACAAUCUCAAUCCACGCGCUGUGCAACGGCACGGCGAACGGUCACGCGGUCCCGCUCGCGGCCGCCCCCCUCCCGAACGGCGACGUCCUCCCCCCGCGCGAGUCGCGCGCGCCGCCCCCUCCCCCGCCGGCGCCGGCGCCGCCGCCCCCCGCGCCGGCCGCGCCGCCCCCGCCGCCGCCUCCGCCGCCGCUGCUGUCGAGCUCGGCGCCGCCCCCGCCCGCGCCGCCCGCGCCCCCCGCGCCGCCCGCGCCCGGCAUGCUGCCGCCGCCGCACCAUACGGAUGCCAUGACCAUCAAGAGGAAGGUCGACACCAAAUACAAACUGCCCACGCUCAACUGGAUCGCACUGAAGCCCAACCAGGUGCGAGGCACAAUCUUCAAUGAGUUAGACGAGGAGCGGCCCCGGAGACGGAUCAACUUCACAGAGUUCGAGGAGAAGUUCCGCAUCGGCGGCGUGUGCGCCGGCGGCAGCGUCGACUCCGACACCGACACGCUCGCCUCCUUUCCCAGCAAGAGGUUCCGGAAGCCCGACACUGUGUCGCUGUUGGAACACACCAGGCUUAGGAAUAUAGCAAUAUCGAGAAGAAAGCUCGACACGCCAGUCGAGAAAGUCAUCGCAGCCGUCAACAACCUAGACCUCAAACAGUUACCGCUCGAGAGCGUAGAGAUACUGCAACGGAUGGUGCCCACAGAAGCCGAACAGAAGGCGUACAAAGAAUACGUCUCCGAAAAGAAAAACAUCAACCAACUAACAGAAGAGGACAAAUUCCUCAUGCAACUAACGAAAGUCGAACGAAUAUCGGCGAAGUUAUCGAUAAUGAGUUACAUGGGUAACUUCUUCGAUAACAUACAUUUGAUAACGCCACAAAUACAUGCCAUUAUUUCUGGUUCAUCGUCCGUGAAGUCAUCGCAGAAAUUCCGCAAUGUACUUGAAAUUAUUUUGGCUUUUGGUAAUUACUUGAACAGUAGUAAGAGAGGGCCGGCGUAUGGAUUCAAACUGCAGUCGCUAGACACGUUGAUGGACACGAAGUCGACAGAUAAGAGGAUAUCGUUGCUGCACUACAUCGUCGGCACGAUACGGCAGAACUUCCCUGAGAUUAUGAAUUUUGAUACUGAACUUUUGUAUAUCGAUAAAGCUGCUCAAGUGUCGCUGGAGAACGUGUGCGCCGACGUGGCGGAGCUGGAGCGCGGCAUGGACGCCGUGCGCCGCGAGAGCGAGGCGCGCGCGCACCACACCGUGCUGCGCGACUUCCUCGCCAACGCGCACGACAAGCUGCGCCGCCUGCGCCACGAGACCAAGCACGCGCAGGAUUCGUUCGCGGCGUGCGUGGAGUACUUCGGCGAGGCGCCGCGUGGUUGCGACGCUAACGCUUUCUUCUCGCUGCUCGUCCGGUUCACGAGGGCGUUCAAGCAAGCGGACGCGGAGAACGAACAGCGGCGGCGGCUGGAGGCGGCCGCGCAUGCAGACAUCGCCGACCCGAACAAAGCGAAACUCGUGCAGAAGAAACAACAGGAGGCUGUAAUCAACGAACUAAAAACGAAAUCGCAAGCCGUCGGCGAAAAGAAACUGCUUCACCAGGACGAGGUGUACAACGGAGCGCUCGAGGACAUCCUGCACGGGCUCCGCAGCGAGCCCUACCGCCGCGCUGACGCCGUGCGCCGCUCGCACCGCCGCCGCAUCAACUCGCACCGCCUCUCCAAGGGGCUCGAGGAGCUGGACGUAUGAUCCGAGCUCCACUCCAGUCUCGCACUGGACUCGCGCGUACAGAACGCCGUCAACACCAUCAACGCGCGCUGCGGCGACACGUUGAUACACGCCGUGCGCAAGAAGAAACGCAAAGAUUUAGAAAUGGUGCACAAGAAACAGUCUAUAGCUAUAUACAAUAUAGAGGACAAUGUGGUUGAUUUUCCCGUGAACGCGGAUUGUCAACAUGGCAACGCUCGCAGGGCGAAGUCGACGUACAGGGUGGCGCCGUGCGACGCAGAGGUCGAGGAGAGGUGCGAACUCAUCAAGUCCACGUAUGAGGCCAUCACCAAGUACACGCGGGCCAUGUUCGACAAGCAAAACGAAACCGUCGUUUGAACGAUGUGCCUAAUGCAUUUUUUAUAAGUCCACGCCUAUAUUGCACUUACAGUACUUUCAAAAAGUAUUGACGUUUACAGGCUGUGAUGCCAGUUGAAAUUAUUUGAAAAUUAGCAAAAAAUUGUGACCCCUAACAGAGUGCAAUAUUGGUAGAAAAUGUUAAAUUUGAUACGCCCACAAUUCAUUCCAUGCCACGCGCAAACACCGAACUCAGUAUUUUGCUACGGACAAUUUUUACACGAUUUUUAAUUUGUAUACAGGAAGCUUAGCUUUUAGUACUAUUGUUUUACACUCGUGGCGAGCUAUAUCUUUCCUUUUCUAACUUAUAAAUGAGAUAGAAAGAGACGGCAAUAGCUGCGGGUGUUAGUCCCGCUAGAUUUGAACGGCCUUUUAGACGCACAGAUUUUUACCACAAAUAUUGGGAUUUUUUUGGAAUAUUUAUUAACAUAUAAGUACUAAAUGUAACAGUGUCCUUAAUAUAUAUUAUCAUAUAAUAUAAAUAUAAUACAAUAAACAAUUGAUAUGCAUUUAUAAGUAGUGUUUUGUACCAUGUAUUUGUGAUAGAAAUGACUCGGUCAAAAACUCUUGAAAACGACGUAUAAAAUCAUGAUUGUCACUAAAAAAUAUAGUUAUAUAUUAUACAUGGUGUUUUAAGAUGUCAGUUUGGCUUCACAGUUACAAAGCACUUUUGAAUUAAUAAUGGUGUAUCUGAAAAUACAAGCACAUUUGUAAACACAGGACUGUUUUAUGUGUAUGUCGUUUUCAAGGGGCACAUUGUGAAAUAUUGCAUUUAUAUUAAUUCUAUUUAUAUAUAGUUGGUUAGGUACUGUCUCCGAAUAUUUUGGCUUGUCGACAAAACAGUAUCACACGGCGCCAUUACGUUGGAUUCCAUUUAGAUUGUCGUAUUGCACAAUAAAUAAGCAUUUAUUUUUAAUCUUUAUCUGUUAGUGCGUUGGUGUUUAGUUUUUUGAACUGGCAAUUUUGUUAUGAUACUAAACGGCGUAUAAAAUGGCAACACAGCGAGGCUAAGUCUGUAAUAAUGAGCUUGUUCUAUAGAAUUUUGGCUGCCAUUAAUCUGAGAAUGCAGUAAUAACCAAAUACUAAGUCAUAAAUAUGGAAGCAAUAUUUAUUUGACAUACGUAAUUGUCACGCUGCAUUGUCAUUUUAUACCAGUCGUAAAAUGAUCUGAGACUCGAAUGUUUUAUUCUAUUGUAAAUAAUUUAAUUUUGAAUACGUACAUGUUAUCGUACCAAUUUUAAACAAGAAUAUACUGUAAAUAUAGGUUUUUACGCCUUCAUACGUCAUCUAGUAGCUUGGCUUUGUAUUGAGCGAGCGACGAAUGAUACCAUGUGAAAAAUUGGUACGUUUAACAUAAUAGUUACUACGCAAGACGUUACUUUUUUUUAAGUUUAAUUUAAUAGAAAUGUAAUUUAAUAUAUACCAUUGCUUGGUUAUUCGGUCGUGUAUACAUUGAAAAAUAGAUUAUUUUAAUUGUAUUUUAUGGACUUGAAAACUGAUUUAUCUUCCAAUAUUCCAACUUACAUCAAAAGGAUUGUGACCGAAACUUGUGGUCUCGAUUUGAUAUUAUUCGUGUUUUUUUUUUUUACUUUUUAAAACUUCUUGAUUUCUACUUUUACAAUAGAAUUAAUAUCAUGCAUAUUUUAUAAAAUAUAUUUAAUUUAUGUUAUUAUAAAAUGUGUACACGGCUUUGUAUAAAAUGGUGCUCAUACGCACACUAGAUUAUUAAUUAUAAUUUUUAUUAAAUGGAUUAUUUAUAAUUAAAAUGAUUUGGAAAAU